AAAGGCUCGUCUUUCUAUCAAGAAGUUCUUUGAAUCUCAAUGGCAGCGUCCGAGAAUGCCGGUUUUGCCUCUUCUUCUUCAUCCUCUUCAGCUUCGAGUUAUGAAGUGUUCUUGAGCUUUUGUGGAAAAGACACUCGCACCACUUUCACCGAUCACCUCUACCAUGCCUUGCUUGAUGCUGGGAUUUACACUUUCAGGGACAACGAAGAACUCCGAAUGGGGGAGACGAUUGGGCCGGAACUAAUCACUGCGAUUGAGCAAUCAAGAAUCUCUAUCCCCAUCUUCUCGAAGAAUUAUGCUUCGAGUAAAUGGUGUCUCAUUGAGAUCACUAAGAUCUUGGAAUGCAAAAACACAAUGGGUCAGGUGGUUCUUCCCAUUUUCUACAAUAUUGAACCCUCGGCAGUGCGGAACCAAACUGGGAGCUAUGCAAAGGCCUUCAAGGAACACCAGAACUGUUAUGGCGAUCCGACUAUGCAGAAGUGGAAGGAGGCUCUGAGAAAGGUUGGGUCAUUGAAGGGAUGGCAUUCCAACAACAUUGCUGGCGGGUGAGCACUGAUCAUUGCACCAUCUACGAUUAUAUUUAUUGUCUGCUUAAUCUCAUAUAACUCAUAAGUAGAAUUGGGAGCUACUCACUCAAGAACAUUGAUACGAUAGUAUUCUUAGAUUGCAUUCAAUUAAAUUGGGGUAAUUUAUAGCACCACCACCUAUAUAGAGAAUCUCAAAAUUAUAGUAACAUCUCGUAUUUAAUACCAAAUUGUGUUCAGACGUCCAGUCUUAUGUCUCUGUUAAAUGAUCCAUUUUUGAGAUCUGCUCCAUCCGUCGCUGCGGAUAACUGUUCCAUCUUAGGUCGCCGAGAACAACUCUGUCAUAGCUAAGCAUGACUACAGCUGAAGGUUUGUUUUUUUUUCUUUUUCUUGUUCUUCCACCUUGUUCCCACGGUGAACCCUUCUCUCCCGCCUUCAUCCCUGUUCAAGUAGCUUCGGUUGUCCCCUGCUUGAAGAACCGAGCCAUUCCACUCUAGCUGGAACCCUAUUUGGUGAAACCCCUCCACCUGCAAAAAUCCUUGCUAGACCAAGGAGUUCGGCUGCGUUUGAUCCCUGCUCUCCCUCAACCCUAGUAUACACUACCUUCGUUUGACAUCGCAGUGAUAAGGAAGAAACCCUUGGAACCAACAACUUUGGUUGAACCCCUCUCAACAUCGUAGUGCAAAUUCGGCUGGAACCCUUUUGGUGAAAUUUCUGCUCUCCAUCUCUCUCGUC